AUGGUAUCAAUAAUUCUGACACAUUCGCUCUUUCGUGAUGUUCAUUCUGUGCAGUAUCAAAACAUCUAUAUACCUGAUAUGUACUGCUCCAAAACAAUUGUUAUAACUCAUCUUAUGGAUAAUUUCUUGUGGCGACCUCGAUUCGUAACCUUGGCAACGGAUGUGUUGUUCGUUGGCAAUGGCAAAUGUUGCCGAAAACUCUCGUCUUCUUUAUUUUAA